AUGCGAAAGAAUCCAGAGCCUACAGGAACAAUGUAUGAUGAACAAGAACGUCAAAAAACGCUUCGACUGAAUCGUGAAUUACGUGAACCACAAGAACCUCGUCUUGAAUGGAUUUAUACCGGUGAUCGUACGAAAUCUGACGAUUAUUUACUCGGAAAAAAAUUUGAUGCUGACCCACAACCAAAUGAUAUCACCGAAGAUAAUGCAACAACAUCAACAAUUGAUUUAGCUAAUAAAAUUCGUGAAGAUCCAUUAUAUUUAAUUAAGAAAAAAGAAAUUGAACAAAAAAAAAGAAUUUUAGACAAUCCUGUUCGACUUAAACAACUUAAAGAACUUUUAGAAAGACAAGAAUCUGCACAAUCAUCGUCAUCUUCACGUAAACGAAAACGUCAUUCUCGGUCUCGAUCACCUCAACAUCGUCGUCGUAGUCCAUUACCACCACCACGUCAUCAUCGACGCCGUUCAUCUCCAUCUCCUCGUCAUCACCAUCAUUAUCGUCAACGUCGUAGUCCAUCACCACCACCAUCUCGUCCUGCUCCAUCGCGUCGUGAACGUACUCCACCACGUCCAACAAAACCUCAUGAAAAACAAUCAAAAGAAGAACGAGAUCGUCGUAUACGUGAAAUGCUUGUUGAUGGAGCUAUACGAACUGAACAACGUCAACAAAAUGUUCAUAUAUAUAAAAAACGUGAUGAACAAGAAGAAAAAGUUAAUGAAUUAAUUAAACAACGAGCAAAGAAAAAUAAAGAUUUAUCAUCGUCUGAUGAUGAAGAACAAGAUUUUAUUCGACCUAUGAUGAAACAAGUUAUUGAUGAUCCAAGUUUAAAACGAAGAGAUCUUAAACAUCAUCAUCAUCAUAAACGACGAUAA